AUGUUGAGAUCAAGUGUAACGCUGUUGUUGCUGUGCAUAUUUAGUGGAGAGGCGAUUGCGUCAAAAUCGAAUGACGAAAACGAUAUCCUGAAAGGGUAUUCAGCAAAAAAAUCGCUCUCUUCAGUUCAAACCUAUAUUGAGAGUUAUGGAAUACUGCUACCAGACGCUAGUCCGUUUGAAUUCGUCAGAGCUUUAUGUCGCCAGUGUUUUCCAUUCCAACUGCAAAAUUUAGCCAUUGAACAUUCAUCAAUUUUCCUCGAGCAUAUUUGUUCUGUUGCAGAAUAUCUUCCCGAUGAAUUGCGACAGUUCCUCGCUCAGAUGACAACUCAAGAGGUUGAAGUGUUUGAUUCAAUUGACUAUGGGAGCGUAAAAAAUGAAAAAGACUUCAUUGACAAGGUGUCCAAAAAAGAUGCUAAAUUAGCCGAAAAACUUCGGUUGGUUAACGAAACCAUCUACUCGAAAAUCAAUGCUCUUCCAGAACAAGCUCGACAAUACAUGCUCAAGACUAUUGAACGUGUAUCGUCGUUCGCUUCCGAGUCAUCAGUUGACGGAAUUUUCAAAUCAAUCAGAGGAAUCAUCAAAGAUUAUUCGAAACUUUCGAAAGAUGAUCAAAACGCACUUGUCACUGCAUUUCCUUGCAUUGGCGAAAUGAUGAAGAGUUGGUUUCUUCUAUUUUGGGAAUUUCUCAAUUAA